AUGCUUCUCCUAGAUAUUGCCACGCGCAAGCUUCUCCAUCACGGCCCCGCUACGGACUGGCCUGCCUAUGCCGCCGUGUCACAUUGUCGGGAGGAUUCAGAAAUCACCAUCAAUGACCUGCAAAGCCUAGAUACACAGGAUCUGAAAGCAGAUUCAAAGAGAGCGAGCUUCUCAUGGAUCAAUCGUGCUUGUUCCGAGGCUCUAGCGUUCGGCGUGGGAAAGCUCUGGGUCGAUUCAUUGUGCAUCGAUCGGUCAUCAACCGCAGCUCUGUCGGAGGCCAUCAACUCAAUGUUCCAAAUAUACCAGGGAUCGGAGGUAUGUCUGGUGCACCUCAGCGAUAUCGAUUCGGAGAAACAGCCACUCGACAACCCAGGGCAUUACAUCCAGCACAGCAGAUGGACGAGUCGAGUCUGGAUGCUCCAAGAGCUGAUUGCCUCUGAAAACCUGCAAUUUUACGACAAUCAAUGGAAACGAGUGGGAAAUAAAAAGUCUUUGCUUUCAUUUCUCUCUCGCUCGCUUCAAAUCGACAGGGUUGUCUUGGAGAAUUCAGAACAUCUCCUUCAAUUUUCAAUCGGGGAGCGGAUGUGUUGGGCUUCCGGGCUCUCAGCUAUUCGGCAAGAAGACGUGGCGUAUUCAUUGCUAGGCAUAUUUGGGGUCAGUAUGACCAUUAUUUACGGCGAAGGGAGCAAGGCAUUCGUCCGGCUACAAGAGGUGAUCCUUGAGAAUACCGACGACGCAACACUACUUGCAUGG